AUGAAGUUCCACGCACUAUUAAUCACAAUCUAUAUCCUGCUGGGUCAGGCACAAGCCGGCCUGUUCGGCACCACUCCUCUUCAGGACCUUCGAUCAGCCGUGGAGGGUAUGGACAGCACUCUCAGUAACUGGGGCGGAGGCGCUCUUGGUCUCAUACCCAUUGCUGUUCAAGCAGAAGCUCUUCAAACUCGAAUUCGGAAUACAAAGACAAGUUUUCAGACGCUAGGCGCCCGGACUGAACAAAUGGACGGGCCCAUUCUCAAGGAUGGUCAGGCUGCCUUGGACUCACUCGGGCACGCCAUGACGACUGUUGCGAGUUCAGCAGGAAAAUUUCGCAAAGUGCCUAUGGGAGUUCCAAUUAUCAACUUGCCUCAAAAUGAGAUUAUAUACCUGAUACACACAGAGAUCAACAAGGGGAUAUUGGCGGCGUUGCGAUUGAUUCGCCCAUGGCAAUUGAGAUGA